AAAAAAGAUUUUAAAAAAGUGGUAGACAAACAAGGCUUACCAUUAAAUUGAACGAGCGAAAAACCGUAAAAUACCUUUAUACCAGUCUCCGAACUCUCCCCAUCCGGCUUUUCUAGCCAAUUCCAUCGCUGUUAACACUGCACCACCGGCAGUUCCUUCUGGAGUCUUCUCCAUUGACGAGAUAUGAGUGGGCACGAUUCCAAGUACUUCUCCACCACCAAAAAGGGUGAAAUCCCCGAGCUCAAAGAAGAACUUCAUGCCCAAUACAAGGAUAAGAGAAAAGAUGCUGUUAAGAAGGUAAUUGCUGCCAUGACAGUUGGGAAGGAUGUGUCCUCACUCUUCACGGAUGUUGUCAAUUGCAUGCAAACGGAAGAUUUGGAGCUGAAAAAGCUUGUGUAUUUAUAUCUCAUCAAUUAUGCUAAAAGCCAGCCUGAUCUUGCUAUACUUGCAGUGAACACGUUUGUGAAGGAUUCACAGGACCCAAAUCCUUUGAUUCGUGCUUUGGCUGUAAGGACCAUGGGCUGCAUUCGUGUUGAUAAAAUUACAGAAUAUUUAUGUGAUCCAUUGCAGCGGUGUCUCAAGGAUGAUGACCCAUAUGUUCGCAAGACGGCUGCUAUAUGUGUCUCUAAACUCUAUGACAUAAAUGCAGAGCUAGUUGAAGAUAGAGGUUUUCUGGAAGCUCUCAAGGAUUUGAUAUCUGAUAACAAUCCAAUGGUUGUCGCGAACGCUGCUGCAGCGCUUGCCGAGAUUCAAGAGAACAGUAGCAGACCUAUUUUUGAGAUUACUAGCCACACACUUACGAAGCUUCUUACCGCUUUAAAUGAAUGCACUGAGUGGGGUCAAGUGUUUAUAUUGGAUGCCCUUACCAAGUAUAAAGCAGCUGAUGCCCGUGAAGCUGAAAAUAUAGUUGAGCGAGUCACUCCGCGACUGCAGCAUGCAAAUUCUGCAGUUGUUCUUUCAGCUGUCAAGUUGAUCCUUCUACAAAUGGAGCUAAUCACCAACACCGAUGUAGUUCGGAAUCUAUGCAAGAAAAUGGCCCCUCCGCUUGUGACAUUGCUUUCUGCAGAACCUGAGAUUCAGUAUGUUGCAUUGCGAAAUAUAAACCUUAUUGUACAAAAACGGCCUAGUAUCCUUGCCCAUGAAGUUAAGGUGUUUUUCUGCAAGUACAAUGAUCCAAUUUAUGUGAAGAUGGAAAAGUUAGAAAUCAUGAUAAAGCUUGCUUCAGACCGAAAUAUAGACCAAGUCCUAUUGGAGUUCAAAGAGUAUGCUACUGAAGUAGAUGUAGAUUUUGUCAGAAAAUCUGUUCGGGCCAUUGGACGCUGUGCCAUCAAGUUAGAGCGGGCAGCCGAACGGUGUAUUAGUGUCUUGCUUGAAUUGAUCAAGAUCAAAGUAAACUAUGUUGUUCAGGAAGCUAUUAUAGUGAUUAAAGAUAUAUUUAGGAGAUAUCCCAACACCUAUGAGUCCAUAAUUGCUACGCUUUGUGAGAGCUUAGACACCUUAGAUGAGCCAGAGGCAAAGGCAUCAAUGAUCUGGAUCAUUGGUGAAUAUGCUGAAAGAAUUGACAAUGCUGAUGAGCUCCUGGAAAGCUUUUUGGAGACUUUUUCUGAGGAACCUCCAGAAGUCCAAUUGCAGCUGCUGACAGCGACAGUCAAACUUUUCCUUAAGAAGCCAACUGAUGGCCCACAGCAGAUGAUUCAGGUUGUUUUGAACAAUGCAACUUUGGAGUCUGACAACCCAGAUUUACGAGACCGUGCAUACAUAUAUUGGCGUCUCCUCUCAACUGAUCCCGAGGCAGCAAAGGAUGUUGUUUUAGCUGAAAAGCCUCUUAUUGGUGACGAUUCUAAUCAACUUGAUCCUUCUCUCUUGGAUGAACUUCUUGCCAAUGUUGCUACAUUGUCCUCUGUCUUUCACAAACCUGCUGGUGCAUUCGUAACACGAGUAAAGACAGUGCAGAGAGCCGAAGAAGAUGAUUAUACUGAUGGAACUGAAGGAGGGGAUUCUGAAACACCUGCCCAUGCAUCUGAUACUGGUGCAUCACCACCAUCUAUCAGAAGGCAACCAGCUGCUGCACCUGCAGCUCCUCCAUCCAUGCCAGAUUUACUUGACCUGAUGGGCUUGGAUAAUGACAGCAUUGCUAUUGUAUCUGUUGAUCAGCCUGAAGCCCCUUCUGGACCACCUUUGCCAGUUCUAGUACCAGCAUCUUCUGGUCAAGGUUUACAGAUCAGUGCACAGCUGAUCCGAAAAGAUGGCCAGAUAUUUUACAGCAUGUUGUUUGAAAACAACUCUCAGAUUCCCCUUGACGGGUUUAUGAUUCAGUUUAACAAGAACACAUUUGGUCUCGCUGCAGGUGGACCACUGCAGGUUUCCACAUUGCAACCUGGGGCAUCUUUCAGCACUCUUCUGCCCAUGGUUUUGUUCAAGAAUGUUUCUCCUGGUCCGCCGAGCCAACUUCUGCAAGUUGCUGUGAAAAACAGUCAGCAACCUGUUUUGUACUUCAAGGAUAAAAUGUCAUUGCUGGUAUUCUUUACUGAGGAUGGAAGGAUGGAGCGUUCGACUUUUCUUGAGAUGUGGAAAUCACUACCGGAUACAAACGAGGUUUCUAAAGACUUCCCAUCAAUUGGGGUAAUUAGCAUUGAAGCAACCUUAGAUCGGUUGGCAGCAUCGAAUAUGUUCUUUGUAGCCAAACGCAAGAACGCAAAUCAAAAUGUGCUGUAUGUGUCGGCCAAGAUUCCUCAAGGAACCCCCUUCUUAAUCGAGCUUACAGCAGUUAUCGGUACGCCUGGUCUCAAGUGUGCAAUCAAAACUCCAAGCCCGGAAAUGGCCCCUCUUUUCUUUGAAGCCAUUGAGACUCUCCUCAAGAGUUGAGUAUGCUUUUUCUCCACUUUUAUGUUACUUUCUUAGUAUGUCCUUAUUUUGUCUGUUGAGAUGAGAUUUUUUAAAUAAUUGUAAUUUUUUUGAUAUGCCCGAGCUUUAAGGUUUUUUUACGGCAUGUUGCAUAGUACUCGAUUUUAUAUUAAAGAACAUAAAACAAAGUUAAAAUUUUAUUAAUUAUAUUGUCUAGUCCUUACUCAUAUUGA